AUGUUGUCCCCCAACAUGGCAAACAAAAGUUACAAGCAGCGGAACGAGAAGGUUCAGGUAGGUUGUAUGUCGGGGCUGAUCCGCAUGUUCGACUUCCGCCGCGGUCAAAAAUAUCUUUCAGAUGGGAGCCGGAGGAUCAACACAUAUUCAGUUAAAAGGGGUCUAAAAGGUUCUGAAGAUUACAAUAGAAUCACGGCUGCAGAUAAUGACAGAGACCAUGGGGCUGAAACAAUUUAUGCCGGCAGGCCAAGUAUUAGAGCACUGAUGGAAGAAGAGAUGGCCAGUGGCACACAGCCCUUGAAGCAAACAGAAAGAAAUACGCUGGGGAUAUUCUCUAGUGAUGUUAAGUCUGUGAAUCUGCCUGAAGGAUCUGAGAUUGACCUAAACUUGGCUGCGAGUCUCAUGGAAAUUUACAGAAGUCACAAUGGAAGUCAAGACAGUAGCGAUUCUGUUAAAUCCGGUAACAUUUCUUAUUCAGUUGACCAAGAGAACAAUGCUGAUGCUGGUGCACAUACCAGUCGGAUACCCUGUGUUAUUCAGAAAGCACUAGAAGAUGUGGCCGAAGCGGUAAUAAGCCAUCAAUCAGCGAAUGCAGACUACAUAACCAGCAGCGGCGAAGCUAGGUCCAAAGAAUUGGUUGAUGCACUGCAGCUGCUGAGCUCAAACAAAGAGUUGUUUCUGAUGCUUCUGCGAGACCCGAGCUCUAGAUUGUUACAGUGCCUCCAAAACCUCUAUACAUCCCUAGGAGGUCCCAAGUUAGAACCCACGGAAUCUGAUGAAGUAAAUAAGUUGCAAGUUGCGACUAACGGCAUAGAGCAGUCGGAGGUUUCACCAAGUAAAGUGCAAAGAAAGUAUAAUUCUUUCUUGCAAGAGGAUAAGUUAGUCAUGAGGAAACCAUCACAGCUAAAUGACACUUCCCGUGGCCUUAGCACAAUAGUAAUCUUGAAGCCAAGUCCUGCAAGAAGUCAGGGUAGCCUUAUCUCAAGUAGUGUAACUUCUUCACCACUAUCAAAUCAUAAUAAUAUGCCAGGUCAGGUUGAAAGUGGCAAAGCUCCUCACCAUUUCUCUCUUAGAGAGCUUAGAAGGAGGCUAAAGCUUGCCACCAUGAGUAGUAGUACUUUCCACAAUGCUGAUCCACCCAAGCAGUUUGCUGUCGAAAGUAUGUCGAUAAGUUCAGAAACUACAGAUUCUUCUGACUGUGAGAUAGCUAAGGAACCAUCCAUUGUUGUUGACAAGAAAACAAACUUUAGAGAUAGUGGAAUUGGCAUGGGGAAUGAUGCCACUCAUGGUGUCGGCUCUUUUUCCUAUGAAAAGGCUAGGAAGCAUCUCAUUGAGAAGCUAGACAAUCAAGAUGAAGACAUUUCUCAGACUCUACAUAAAUCAGAAUCCAUUAGGAGAUUAAUUUCACAUCCGGAGGAUGAGGCAUUUUCUCCCAGUCAUUCCCCUCCAGAGGAGGGCAUUAGUAUAUCUCAGGAAGCUACAGACUCAAGUUCACAAAUAAUUGAGCAAGAUGAUAGUUCAGCAAAUUUUAGCCCACCAAGCGAAGACCAGGAGACAGAAUCGACCAAUGCAAGCUCUUCAUCAGCUAGUAAAGAGUUGAAUGAACUCAGGACAGAUCAUGGCAACCAUGUAUUGGAGGAGCACACUAUUUCUCAGGAGCUAAUUGAUGAAGAUGUUAAGAACAUGCAGGAUACAGUGGAAAACCUACAACUCUCUACCGAGACCGAAACUUCAAGUGAAAGAUUUGAACUAAUAAAUUCAGAAAAGUUAUCUUCCGAAGAACCACAUCCUGUGAAUGUGUUACCAGAAGUUACUGUGCAUUCUCCUGAGGACCCCGUUGAGGAACAAGACGAUUGCAGUCCAUCAGCAGUCGUUCGAUUAGCCAAGCCAUCCAUGUUGACAUUUGCUUGCCUGCCCGAGAAUGCUGAUGAAAAAGAGGAGAAACUGAGUCCACACUCGGUUCUGGACCCUUCCUUGGCAAAUAGUACCAGUCCCAGCCAUAAAACUCGAAAGCAAGAUGAGUUGUCCAUGCCUAGCUCAAGAGUUCUUUUCGAAGAACUUGACACUCCAUCUGAGACGUUGCAGACUCCUGUUCUUUAUGAUAAAAAUGAAAGGGUUUCCUUCAUUAAGUCUGUGCUAGAAGCGUCAGAAUCGCUGGCCGGGGGCUGUUCGGAGAGGUGGUAUACGGAUGUGUCAGUGCUUGAGACAUCUGUAUUGGCUGAAAUAGGAAUGUCAUACUGCCUGACAGACGAUGUGGUUCUUCUUUUUGAUUGUGUUGAGGAAGUCCUUCUCAAGAUAAGCGAUGAUUUCUUCGGCGCUGACCCAUGGGUAGCUUUUCUGAAGAAAAACGUGAGGCCAGCACCUCUGGGGAUGGAACUCGUUAGAGAGGUGGCUAAGUGCAUCGAUUGCCUUGUCGAUGAUACUGAAACUCCAAAAACGUUAGAUGAGGUGGUGCUGAAAGACUUGGAAAGUGGACCGUGGAUGGACCUUCGGUGCGAUGCCGAAGACGCUGUUAUUGAUGUGUGGGAUGGUAUGCUUGACGACUUACUGGAGGAGAUGGUAUUUGACCUGUGGUUUUAA